UAUUGCAGCCGGAUUAGCACUUCGGAUACAAUGGACGAUGAUACAUCAGAAAAUGUUCGAGGAAGGUACACAUGUUUGAUAUAUGUUUAUGGUUAAUAAAAACUACAUGAUAUUAAGUCAAAAUAUAUUUCUUGAUAGUCUGUGUUCUCGUCAGAGCAUACAUUCAAGCAGUACCCACUACAAAGAAAAUUAAUUAGGUGGAAAACUUCUUCAAAACUUUUUCCGUACAAGCAAUUACAAAUGUUUUGUAGAAACAUUUAUUCGACAUUUUUCCCAUAACCUACAGUUCAUAUUAUUAUAUAUUGUGAUAAGGUUACGAAACGUCUCAGUUACGAACCGACCUAGUUUGUUCCGAAUCGUCUUUGUGCGAAACGACCAGGUUACGAAACGAACUGCACCCAUGAAAGUUACAACAAUUGCGUUUCAAAGGAAUAACGUUCAGAUAGGUUGCUAUCAGAUGUUCGUUAAAAAAUUAUAUGCAAUUUAUAUAUAGUAAAGUAUUUACACUAAAUUUACAGUAGUAUGAGAUAUUGGUACCUGGUUAUUGGAACCCGGGAAUGAGGGAUGAAAAUCAAGGGCUAGAGCAGCGGGAAUCAGUGGCAGGAACUGGGAGAAAGAUGACUAAAAAUAUGAUUAAUUUAUACUUGACAAAUAAAAUGAAAUAACAGGGGAACGGAAUUCUGGAGAUUGAAUGUUUGGGAACGGAAGUUGGAAUUCAGAGGAUUGGAAUCAAUGACUCCCCUUGUCUACCACUCUUGCCAAAAAUGUCGGGAAGCUGCAGACAUGAAGUAUUUUUAUUAGAAAUGUUAAUAACAUACACCAUUUCUAGUCAGCUACAAGCUCAAUGGUUAUAUUUAGAACACAAGAGGCUUCAUGAAAUUUCUUGAACUCUCUUGACUUGAAAUAAUAAUGAAAUCACUAAAGUCAAUAUGCAACAAAAUACCUACGACGGUGUAGUUCGAAUUUCAACUUGUUAUACAAAAAUAUUUUGCAGAUUACAGUUGUUGCGUCGAGAUAUUGAAAGAGCCAGUGGUGGACUGAUAACCAAUGAAGAAUGUGCCGAAUUCAUUCCAUUACUGGAUGACAUGGAAAAAGAAGUUUCAGCUAGGUUUGCAGCUUGUAGAUCUGAAAAAGAUCAAUACCGCAGUGAACGGGUUGCAGUUGACGGUAAUGGACAUUCUAAAUUCAGCAUUUCAAAAGAACAACUGGAAUACCUAGUCAAAUAUGGGUUUACAGCACCAAUGAUGAGUAAUGUUCUUGGUAUAUCAGAGUCAACUGUCCGUCGAAGACUGAGAGAAUUUGGUUUAAGCCUGAGAAAGACAACACAUAUCACCGACAUGGAGUUAGAUCAAUCAAUCACUGAAGUGAUUGGUACAAAUCGCCAUAUUGGACCGACUUCAGUCAGAGUUCGACUUGCACAAAAGAAAAUAUUUGUUUCCAGAGAGAGAGUGAGGACAGCAUGUGCACGUGUAGAUCCAGAUGGAUGUUCCUUACGAUCGUUAGAGAGAAAAAAUAUAAAACGUCGUACUUACAAGGUUGCUGGACCAAAUUCCCUGUGGCAUCUGGAUGGAAACCACAAGUUGAUAAGGUGGGAAAUUGUUAUCCAUGGUGGUAUUGAUGGUUACAGUAGAAUGGUAACUUUCUUAAAAUCAAGCAAUAACAACAGAUCAAUAACAGUUUUUAAUGAAUUUAUCAAGGCAACCACAAAAUACGGCAUUCCAUCAAGGGUACGGGUAGACAAGGGCAUUGAAAACAAUGAUGUAUGCAUAUUCAUGGAAGAUCUAAGAGGCAACGGAAGGGGCAGUGCUAUAAGGGGCAAAAGCUCCCACAAUCAGAGAAUAGAACGUUUGUGGGUCGACGUAUGGGAGAAUGUUAGUAAUGAGUACUACGACCUGUUUACAUACAUGGAGCACAACAAUAUACUAGAUAUAACUGAAGAAGUACACAUGCUUUGCUUUCUCUUUGUUUUUAUUCCACGAUUAAAUGAAAGCCUAGUUAUGUUUAACUAUCAGUACAAUAAUCACCCACUAUCAACUGAGAGUCACAAAACACCAAGUCAGCUAUUCAUAACAGGUGUUCUGACGAAGUUCAAUUCAGGAAAUAAACCAAUAAAAGAAGUUGUCGAAAAUGCUGGAAAUCAUGACGAAUUUCAGAACUCUUUACCUCCAGAAGACUAUGGAGUUGGCGAUUCGGAUGAUGGGGAUGUCGCCAUUAAUAGUGAAGAUGAAGACAUACAGACAAUUCCUCAACGGACACAUGAAAACCAUCUUCUUUCAAGAUUGGAUGCAGCAAUCAACCCACUAGAAAACGUUAGUAAUGUGGAAUAUGGGCUUAAACUAUUUAGGAAAGCAUUAAGCAUUGUUACCACAGAAGAAAAUUAAACUUUUUUUCAGCUUAAAUUGAGAGAUUGUCAUUAUUUACAGAUUGUUCAGUUUAAUGUCUCUUACUUUUCUUUCUUUGCUAGUAUAAUGAGGUCACAACAUUGCAACCUCGUAUCUUCAUAUGAUAACAAAAUCUUGCUAUGACUUUGCUAAUAAAACAUUGUAAACAGCAUGUAGAAUUACAUAAUGUCUUUAUUAAUUGGCAUACAUUUCAAAUACAGUUAUACAUUAUGUGUGCAUAGUUCUUAGACACUAAUAACUCUAUAAAAUUCUCACACUUUCUGGUUUGAGUUUUUUUUACAUUUAUAUCUUAUAAAUUGUAUAUCCUUCAGCAAUUUAUUUUGGCAACAUAUUUUCAAAAACUACUGAGGCAACAUCGUAGAUAAAUAUGCAAUAACAAGUUGUAACAAAGGGAAUUACAGAUCUUAAAUGACCUGUGGCAUAUUGUUAUAGUGUUUUAAAAUAUAUUGGACCUCAAACUCAUACCAGUAAUCAAAAUAAAAAAUCAGGCAAAAAGUGUCAAUCAAUAUUUUAUACAAGAGCUGUUAAAAUGAAAGUUAACUGUUUGGUUUUAUCUGCUUGUGUGUCAUGUCAUCUUUCAAGAGUCAUAACUCCUGAAUUAUAAAGUGUCUAACUAUUGAUAAUUAAGUCUUUCCAGUUCCCUGUGGAAAGACUUAUUGUAUUUUUUCUGCUAAUCAUUAUUAUUAAUUUUUUUUCUUCCGCUUAACUUUGUUUUGCGUAAAUUUUUGUUUCGCAAUAUGUCGCUAAGAUAUUUCUUAUAUAGUAUCAUAAAGCUUAUGCACUUUUUAUUUUCACCCAUUCUAAGCCAAACAAGUUUCUUUAAAAGAGUUAUCUCCCUAUUCACUGUUUAUUACAUGUGUGCAUCUCCUUCGUAACAAAAAAAGAUAUCGACAAAAUUCUUUUUCUUAAUUGUUCGUUACAUCCUCAGAAAUAUUUGGCUAAUUUGGAAACUUGAAACUUUUUAUUUCACUAAAAGCCUCACAUGAGGCAUUAUAGUACAAUAAAUUUAACAACAAAUAUAAUUAAUGCAUGAACAUAUACAUAUGAAGUUGAUGUAAUUGCAGCUGGAAGUUGAACAUUACA